UCUGUUAAUGCUCCUCCAGCGCCUCAGACGCAUGAGGCUCGUGGGUUAGGAUCAUACAGGCACGCUCAGUGCCGGGGAGGUCUCGGCCCUUUGCUUUGGUUGACUUGGUUGAUAAUCAUGGCAAUCUUCUGAGGCUGGGCUGUGACUUCUGCUUACAACUGGGGAAACUGAAGCAGAGAGCGUUUUAGUAACUUGCCCAAGACUACACAGCUAAGAGGAGGCAGAGCCAGGAUCACAAAGGAAAAACUUCCCAACUAGUGUGUAGCAGUAUUCUCAAGAGAAUUCUGCCAGAUAUCAGAACAGAUGGGGAACAGCGGAAGCCGUGUGGGGCAGAGCUUUUGUUCACGGUUUCUUCCUGAGGAACAGGCAGAGAUUGAUCGAUUGUUUGAUGCUCUGUCAUCGGAUAAAAACAGUCCGAAUGUCUCCUCCAAAUCCUUUUCUCUGAAGGCACUACAGAACCAUGUCGGGGAAGCUGUUCCCCUGGAGAUGGUCACCAGGCUGUACGAUGGCAUGCGGAGGGUCGACCUGACAGGGAAGGCGAAGGGACCCAGUGAGAAUGUGUCCCAGGAGCAGUUCACAGCAUCCAUGUCCCACCUGUUGAAAGGAAACUCCGAAGAGAAGAGUCUCAUGAUUAUGAAAAUGAUUUCUGCCACAGAAGGUCCCGUGAAGGCCAGAGAAGUCCAAAAGUUUACAGAGGAUCUGGUUGGUUCUGUGGUGCACGUGCUAAGCCACCGACAGGAGCUGAGAGGCUGGACUGGGAAGGAAGCCCCAGGGCCCGCCCCCCGGGUGCAGGUGCUGGCUGCUCAGCUGCUCUCUGAGAUGAAGCUGCAAGAUGGCAAGAGGUUUCUGGGGCCCCAGUGGCUGGACUGUGACUGUGACCGAGCCAUGAUCGAGGACUGGGUGUUCAGGGUCCCCCACGUGGCCAUAUUCCUGAGUGUGGUCAUUCACAAGGGCUUUCUCGUCCUGUGCUCAUCCCUGGAUCUGACUACCCUGGUCCCCGAGCGUCAAGUGGACCAGGGCAGGGGUUUUGAGAGCAUCCUGGACAUUCUUUCUGUCAUGUACAUCAACGCCCACCUGCCUCGGGAGCAGCGGCACUGCUGGCGCCUGCUUUUUUCAUCUGAGCUCCACGGACACAGCUUCUCCCAGCUCUGCGGCCACAUCACUCACCGGGGGCCCUGUGUAGCUGUCCUUGAGGACCGUGACAAGCAUGUGUUUGGUGGGUUUGCCUCUUGCUCCUGGGAGGUGAAGCCUCAGUUUCAAGGGGAUGACAGAUGCUUCCUGUUCUCCAUCUGUCCCAGCAUGGCCGUAUACACACACACAGGCUACAAUGACCACUACAUGUACCUGAACCACGGACAGCAGACGAUCCCGAAUGGACUGGGGAUGGGAGGGCAGCACAAUUACUUUGGGCUUUGGGUGGAUGUUGAUUUUGGGAAAGGACACAGCAGAGCUAAGCCCACGUGCACCACGUACAACAGCCCGCAGCUGUCAGCCCAGGAGAACUUCCAGUUUGAUAAGAUGGAGGUGUGGGCGGUUGGAGACCCUUCAGAGGAGCAGUUGGCCAAGAGCAACAAGAGCAUCCUGGACGCGGACCCUGAAGCCCAGGCCCUGCUGGAGAUCAGUGGGCGGUCGCGCCACAGCGAAGGGCUCCGGGAAAUCCCAGACGAUGAAUGAGGAGCCGCCUGAGCCUUCCUGGAUUCCUCUGGGUAGAGAGGGCACCGCCUGCAGCCCCUCUUCCCUCCCCCAUGGUUUAACUGUAAUAGAGUGCCACACGGGUCACAGCCAGGUAGUCCCAGAUGUGCCAACAAGAUGCCCUCUGAAGCCAUGUCCUGACUGAUGGGUGGAUCUCCCAGAAAUAGAUGUUUUUUUAAAUUUUAUUUUUUGCCCUACAGGGUCACUCUCAGGAUCUCUCCGAGAAAUCUUAAAUGUCAAAUUAGUAACUCAAUCUUAUACUUUGUUCUUUUUUACCAAUGAAAUCCUAAGCAGCUGAGACCUUUCAGACCCCGGCUGGCAUUAGGGAAUUCCGCUGGCAUUAGUGUUUGUUGGGGGUGCAACUUCUCUAUUGAGGAGGGGCUUCCUCCCGCUGAGGUUCACAUGGCCUCACUCAGGCCAUCCUGUUAGAAGGUGGGACCUGAUGGUCUGUUCUGAUGGGUAAGGGACAGAGGCAUCUGGAUGAAAAUCUCAACGCUUUCUGGGAACAGCCUUGGUGCUGGCCUGGGUUCUAGCUCUCUGGGGACCGGCGCCUGAGUCCCAGCUGUCUAGGCCUCGGUGCUGGCCUGGGUUCUAGACCUCUGGGGACCGGUGCCUGAGUCCCAGCGGUCUAGGCCUUGGUGCUGGCCUGGGUUCUAGACCUCCAGGGACCGGCGCCUGAGUCCCAGCUGUCUAGGCCUCGGUGCUGGCCUGGGUUCUAGACCUCUGGGGACUGGCGCCUGAGUCACAGUUGUUGGUACAGCCAUUUGCCCAGGGCUGCUCGUGAGGGGGAUGAUGGAAAAUUCAGCAGUGUAAACUCGCUUUAAACAAGGUCCGUGGAUCCCGAAAUGCUGAAUAUCAUGUAGCUGGGUUGUUGGGUCAGCAGAGCUGCCAUCUGCCCACGUCUGGAUAACAACACACGGUGAGUCACCAGUUGGCUACGAGAAUUCUCCACUUUAAAGGCACUGUGAGCUUGUCUCUAAGAUACAUACCUCUGCCUUUUGUCUUUUGCUGUAAGCUUUGACCUGUUGCAGAUCUGAUGAAAAUACAACCUCUUAUUAUAGAGUUUGCCUUGAUUAUAAGCCAUAGUAAAUCGAGCUGUUUGCAUUUUGCAGGCCCUGCAUUUUCUACUAGGAGGUUCAUCGAACCUUCCACUUAGCAAUACCCCGACUCAGGCAGAAUGCCUUGUAAAUUAGCCUUCAAAAGAAAAGUGCACGCUCAGACAGUGUGUCGAGGAGCAGGAGCGUGAUGCAGACAAGGACUUAGUCAUGACUGAUUUUCUUUGGCCACUUUUUAAUGGCUUGUGGGGAACAUUGUAAUCUUCCGAACUGACAUGUUGGCAGAUAUAGAAUAUUAGGAUGCUCAAACAUCUCUACCAUGAGUCCAAGGAAUUUAGCUCCCUGUUAUCACUUUGUUUUGGAAUGUUUUUUUAUAAAAAUGCAACUAAAUACCUCACUAUUAAACUGCCAUGAUGCCUCAGUUAAAAAAAAAUUAAAAUAAAGGUCCGUCAGUGUCUGUGC